AUGAUUGCUGCCCUUUUCCUCGCAACCCAGCUCUUAGCUCAGAGCCAAGGGGAGAAACCUAUAUGCGACGGCGAUUUCCCCAACGCUACCGAGGUCAUUAUGAAGCUACCUAGGACGUACAUGCUUCAAUCAGCUUUUAAUGUUUCUACAUUGGACUGCGCUGUUCAAGUGUUCUACAAUAAAACUUAUCGUAAAAAGAUAUACACAAAAUAUAAUUUAGUAUAUGCGUACAGUACCGGGAGAUACCAGGAUCUACCCUUAUAUGUAAGAGGCUUCGAGAACUACACAAUCUUAUUGGGAUAUCGGCCGGAAGAAUAUUUCCCGCCGGAGAAAAAGGAGCAAAUUCUGUAUUCCGACAUGGAAUCAUGCAUGGUAACACAAGAUCCGAAUACACAUUUUCCUAAUAAUGCCUGCAGCCUGCUGGUAACAAAAUAUGCCUUUUCUGACCCUGACAAGAAAUGCACAAAAGCAUUUACAAGACACUGUGGACAUUAUGCAUACAACUACACCAGCAUACGCCAAUGUGUUAACCGCACUGAUUACAACUAA